CAUAAACCUCUCGAACAACCAUUGCUCUCUCAAUCCGCCUUCAAGCUACUCCCCUCCAGUACAACCCCCCAUGCUCCGGCCAUGGCUACGUCAAUGCCCCCGGACUGUCCGCGCGCUCUGUCCCCGAUGCCAACGUGAUCCUCCCCGAUUUCUACCCAUCGUCUCCAACCAGACUCCUCGACGGUCCCUCCAAACCUCGACAGCCGACUCUUCCGAUCGGGUUCCCUUACGCAAACAACUCAAGCAAGAUGCAAAGUCGCUCAAGGCCCACAAGCGCCAGAGGAGGGAAAGUGAAGAAGCAUCCCGCCAGAAGUGGGAGUUGACGGUGGGGAUUGAGAUCCACGCGCAGCUGAACACGGAUGCCAAAUUGUUUUCGCGCGCCUCAACCUCCUCCACGGACUCGCCCAACUCCAACGUCGCGCUCUUCGACCUCGCCUUCCCCGGAUCGCAACCGGAAUUCCAAAUCGCAACCCUUCUACCUGCCCUGCGCGCUGCCAUCGCCUUGAAUUGCGACAUCCAACCGGUCAGUCGGUUCGAUCGAAAACACUAUUUCUAUCAGGACCAACCGGCGGGCUACCAGAUCACCCAGUACUAUGAGCCCUUUGCGCGAAACGGCCAUGUCGACCUCUUCCUCCACGACGGAAUCGCGCCGGAAGACGGCGACCAGGUGCCCAUCGGCAUCAAGCAGGUCCAACUCGAACAAGACACCGCCAAGUCCCAGGAAUAUCCACCCUCCACACAGCUUCUUGAUUUCAAUCGCGUGUCCCACCCGCUCAUCGAGAUUAUCACCAUGCCCCAGAUCCACACCCCCGCCACGGCCGCUGCCUGUGUGCGGAAAAUCCAGGCCAUCCUCCAGUCUUGCAGUGCGGUGACCACGGGCAUGGAGUUUGGUGGCCUCCGCGCCGACGUCAAUGUCUCGAUCCGUCAACGCGGCGAGGUGGCUGGUACGCACCACUACGGGGGAAUGACUGGCCUUGGCCAACGCACCGAGAUCAAGAAUCUCAGUAGCUUCAAGGCCGUGGAGGACGCCAUCAUCGCAGAGAAGAACCGGCAGAUCUCUGUCCUGGAAAGCGGGGGUGUGGUGGAAGGCGAGACCCGUGGCUGGACGAUUGGCAGCACUGAGACGCGGAAGCUCCGAGGCAAAGAGGGUGAAGUGGACUACCGGUACAUGCCGGAUCCCGAUAUCCCGCCGCUAUACAUCGGUCCGGAUCUGGUGACAGAGCUGAGGAAGACCCUCCCCACCGCCUCGGACGCGUUGAUCGCGACCUUGGUGGGCUCCGAAUACCAUCUCCCCAUCGAAGAUGCCAAGCCCUUGGUCGAGCUGGACGACGGAGCCCGUCUAGAGUACUAUCAGGAUGUAGUGGACGUCCUGCGGGAUCUACAGAGCGAUCAGGAUCCGAAAGCCCAGGCCGGUCUCGGCCGCGCGGCUGGCAACUGGGUUCUCCACGAACUAGGGGGGCUGUGGACCAAAUCGGAUCUUGCGUGGGACGCAGAUCGAGUUCCCGCAUCGUCGUUGGCAGCGCUCAUCGACCAGCUACAGCGGAAACAUGUCACCGGUCCGACGGCAAAGCAGGUACUCGCCAUGGUGUUUGACGGGGAUGCCCGGUCCAUCCCCCAGCUCCUGGAGGAGGAAAAUCUGCUGCUGCGCCCACUGUCACGGGAGGAGUACCUGGCGCUCGCCGAGGAGGCGAUAAGCCAGAACCCCCAGAUGGUCGAGCAGAUCCGCAGCAAGAACCAGCUAGGCAAACUCGGGUGGUUCGUCGGGCACAUGAUGCGCACGGGGGAGAAGGGUCGCGUGGAAGCGCACAAGGCGGACUCGGUACUCCGCGAGCUCAUCCUGGGCCCACCGUAGAUGGUGGGGACUAUGACUUGGUGAAAUUUCGGUUUCUGUUCGUUGGAAUAGCGGGCCCCCUGUACCAUAAGCUCGGAUAUAGAGAGAUUUUAUCUGCUAGAGAACUGGGACGGGCUAGGUUGAAAUUGGCGCCGUCUCAGAUAAUGAUACCCAUUGGUCAC